GCUUCCAAAAAAACACAAAUAAUUUAAAAAUCUCUUAAUCAUAUCUAAUUAUUUUACUUAGUUUUUAUUUGAAAAAAAAUAAAUUAAAGAAAAUCCAAAUCAACAAUUUUCAGUGCACCUUCAUUGGCUUCACCUUAUUCACACGUCAAGUCUUCAUUGACUUCACCGAAUCUACGCUUGCCAAGUCUUAAUUGCCUUCGCUUCAGCAAACCCACUCUUCAUUUCAUCGUUUGCAAAUCAAAUCCUUCGAUCUUCUUCAAACCUUUCUUUGACCACCGAAAAAAAAAAAUGGCUUUGGUGGGUGAAGCUUUUCUCGCUGCUUCCAUCGAGGUGCUGGUGGAUAGGAUUGCUUCUGGGGAUGUUUUGAAUCUUAUUAAGGGAAAGAAACUUGAAGACGUGCUGCCGAAAAAACUGAAACCGGCCCUGAUGUCAGUUAAAGCAGUGCUGGAUGAUGCUGAAAAUAAGCAGAUCACGAACCUAAAUGUGAGAAGCUGGAUUGAUGAGCUCAAAGAUGCUGUUUAUGAUGCGGAAGACGUCCUUGAUAAGAUCGCUACCGAGGCUCUUCGAAGCAGGUUGGAAUCCGAGGAUCAAACUAGUACUGCAAAGCAGGUAUGUAGCUUUUUCCCUUCUUUCAAUCCUUUCAAUAGGGCGAUGGGAUCAAAACUGGAAGAAAUCCUUGAGACACUAGAACGUUUAGUCAACCAAAAAGACAUCCUGGGUUUGAAAGAAAGUAGAGGAGAAAAGUCAUUUCAAAGACCACCUGCAACUUCUCUGGUGGAUGAAUCCGGUGUUUAUGGCAGACAUGAUGAAAAAGAAGCGAUCAUGGAGUUGCUGAACCCAGAAUAUGCAAGUGCAAAUCCGAUUGAUGUGAUUCCAAUAGUGGGUAUGGGCGGGGUUGGUAAAACCACGCUUGCACAAUUGAUCUACAAUGACAAGAGAAUGGAGGAAUGGUUUGACGUCAAAGCAUGGGUGUGUGUUUCAGAGGAAUAUGAUGCUUUAAGGGUGACCAAAACCAUUCUUGAAGAAAUCACUUCUAGCAAUGAUGGCAGUCAGAACCUAAAUCAGGUUCAACUUAAACUAAAGGAGAAGCUGUUGGGAAAGAAGUUUCUAUUUGUUUUGGACGAUGUUUGGAACGAGAAAUAUGUUGAUUGGGAAGAGUUGAGAAGUCCUUUCAAUUCUGGGGCCAAAAACAGCAAGAUUGUUGUAACAACGCGUGGUGAAAAUGUCGCAUCCAUUAUGAGGACUGUUCCAACUUAUCAUCUUAAUAUCUUAUCUGAUGAGGAUUGUUGGCUGUUAUUUGCAAAACAUGCAUUUGCUAAUACAAGCCCAAGCGUGCCUCCAAAUUUGAAGGAAAUCGGUGAAGCAAUUGCCAAAAGAUGCAAAGGCCUCCCUUUAGCAGCAAAAACACUUGGAGGUCUGCUUCGUUGUAGAACAGAUGUUGAGGAUUGGAAUAAAGUAUUAAACAGCAGUUUGUGGGACAUAACAGAUGAUAUUCUUCCAGCACUCAGAUUAAGUUAUUAUUAUCUUCCAUCCCAUUUAAAGCGUUGCUUUGCAUAUUGUUCAAUUUUUCCUAAAGAUUAUGUAUUCAGAAAGGAAGAACUCAUUCCGUUAUGGAUGGCUGAAGGUCUUUUAGCAUAUUCCGGAGAAGUUGUAAAUAUGGAGGAUCGGGGUAAUGAGUGUUUCAAAGAUUUAACAUCCAGGUCAUUUUUUGAGCAAUUAAGAGGGAAUAAGUCUUGCUUUGUCAUGCAUGACCUAAUUAGUGACUUAGCAAAAUUUGUAUCUGGAGAAUUCAUUUGUAGAUUGGACGGUGGUGAUAGACUUUCAUGUAAAAUAACUAAAAAGACUCGUUAUUUGUCCAAUGUCCAAGAAAAAUAUGAUGUGCUUAAAAAAUUUGAGGCUUUACCUGAAGGUUUGCAUACAUUCUUAACUUUAAAGUCAUGGUCCUGGCCUUGUUAUGUUACUGAUGUGAUAAUGAAAGAUUUGAUCGUAAAAUCUAGAUCUUUGCGAGUGCUUUCUUUGGUUCAUUAUCAUAAUAUCAAUGAAUUACCAGAAGAAAUUGAAAAAUUAAAGCAGUUGCGUUAUUUGGAUCUAUCUGAAACUUCAAUUGAAAGGUUACCGAACUCUUUGACUACAUUAUAUAAUUUGCAGACAUUACUCUUAUUUGAGUGCGCAAAGCUUGUUGAGUUGCCUAAAGACAUGGGAAGAUUGAUCAACAUGCAUCAUCUUGAUAUCAGGGGUACCAAGUUAGUAAGGAUGCCACAAGGAAUGGAUAAAUUGAAAGAUCUUCGAACAUUAACAGAUUUUGUUUUGGGUGAGCAAAAAGGUUCAAACAUAAGUGAGUUGGGAAAGCUCAAGAAUCUACAUGGAAGACUUGCCAUUUCAAAUUUACAAAACGUUGUUGGCCACAGGGAUGCCAAAGAUGCCAAUUUGCAGGAGAAGAUCAACCUCAGGGAGUUGAAGUUGAAAUGGAGUGAGGAUUGUCAUACUAAGGAUGAUUCAAAGCAUGAUAGAGAAAUACUUGAACGACUGGAGCCUCACACAAACUUGGAGCAUCUUGCUAUUGAGUUUUAUAGAGAUACAAAUUUUCCGGAAUGGGUGGGGCUUUCUUCCUUCUCGAAUCUAGUAUCUUUGCAAUUGAUAGAUUGUAAAGUUUGCUCAUUCUUGCCACCGGUUGGGCAAUUAUCAUCUUUGAAAUCUCUCUCCAUUGAAGGGUUUGUUGCAGUAGUAACAGUGGGUGAUGAGUUCUGUGGGCACGGUGAUGCUUCGAGUAAACCAUUUGGAUCUCUUGAAAUUCUCAGAUUCAAGAAUAUGCCAGAGUGGGAAGAAUGGUUUUGUUUGAAAGACGGAGCUUUCUGUCUUCUCCAAGAGUUAUACAUGGUAGAUUGUCCCAAGUUAACCAAGUCUCUGCCCAAACACCUCCCUUCUUUAAUGAAACUUAAGAUUGAGAGAUGUGGGAAGCUUGGAGGCUUGUUUCCAAGGGCACCAAGAAUGUCGCAACUUGACUUAGAGGAAUGUGAUGCAUUGCAAUUGCAGCCAUUUCCUUGUGGGCUUCGACAAUUGCACAUUUCCAAAUUGAAUAUCAAUGAUUUCAUAAUGGAGCAGUUGGAGCGGCACUGCCCUCAUCUAGAAAAGUUGAGCAUGGGCUUUUGUCAUGGCCUCAAAUCUCUUCCCGAAGCUAGUCUACCUACUUCGCUAAAGGAAUUGUCGAUCAAUGACUGUAAUGCGUUGGAUUAUUCCAAAAUCCUCUUGUAUACAUCCCUUGAACACUUAGUCAUAAGAGGCAACGCCCAUCAUCCACUAGAAUCUUUCCCAAUAGGAUCAUUCCCUAAACUAAAUGUUCUUUGUAUCGACUCAUGCGAAGGCUUGAAGUCGAUUCGUGCAUUAGGGGGCCCUCACCAGCGUCUCGCAUGUCUCAAUAGAUUGGAUAUCUGGGCCUGCCCUAAUUUUAUAUGUUUUCCCGAAGAGGAAUUUUCUGCCACCAAUUUGACAUCACUUCAUCUUAUCGAAUGCAAAAACUUAAAGUCCUUGCCUGAGCAAAUGCAAUCCUUCUUUCCAUCCCUUGGGCAUUUCUCAAUACAGUAUUGUCCAGAAAUUAAGUCAUUUCCAAAGGAGGGUUUACCCUCCAAAUUAAAAGUUCUUGCAAUUAGAAGAAGUGAAAAGCUAAUUGCGGGCAGGAAGGAUUGGGGUUUGGAAACACUCCCUUCACUCACAACCUUCCAAAUCUUGGAUACGGAAGAGAUAGAGUCUUUUCCAGAUGAACAUAUACUGCCCUCUACUCUUACUCGUCUUUACAUAGGCAAUCUUCCAAAUCUUAAGUUUUUGGACUCCAAGGGCUUUCAACACCUCACUUCUCUUCGGACAUUGGUUAUCUCGGAGUGUCCGACGCUCCAAUCCAUGCCAGCAAAGGGGCUUCCUAUCUCCCUUUCUCUAUUCCUUGCAAAAUGUCCGUUGCUGGAAGAAAUUGCGAAAAGAAGGAAGGUAAAGAUUGGCCAAAGAUUUCCCACAUGCCUGUCAUUGAGAACGACGGACAACUCAUUAUUUAGCAGGACUAUAUAUGUCUCAACGAGAGAAUUCCACUUUUGAUGAUUGGGCUUGAUGAACGCAAUCCGACUCAGCCUGGAGCUGCAGGGCCUCAUUUUUCUAAGGAGAAUUAUCUGCAUGAAAGUUUUCGUCAACAUCUUCGCUUCAAGCUCGGCAUACUUCACUUCAAAUUUGGACUUCCGAGAGCUGGAAUGAUGGUGUUCAUAGAUUUUGACUCCUUCCUCUCUUGUGCACUAUGAAAUCAGUGACUACCAUAUUCUUUAGUUCAUACCAGAUGGGACUGCUUUGUGGUCUGCACAAUGUGAAAAUUAAAGAUUGCUAUACUCCCAGCUCAAGGAACUUGUAUAGUGUCAUUCCUAUGAAGAGGUGCCUAAUUCACUCAGCAACUGUGAUCGACAAGCACGGCAUCAACCUCAAAUUUCUUGCAAUCUUUCUAAAGACUGGCUAGCCUGUUCUGUUUGAUGCAUUUCUUGUAUUCUUCUAAACUAAAAAGUUGAAGCAAGAAGAGCUGUAUUUACAGAUAUGACGAAAACCAGACAGCCCUAUGUUAACAUGUGGAUUAUGUCCUCUGCUUCAUGCUACUUUGGACUUUUAGUUAGUUUUGCUUCUGAACUCAUGGUAUCCUUGCAUUGACUUUAUAGUAUGUUCGUUUGGACAUUUAAGCUGCAAUCAGCAUCCUUCCCUGAAAUGAGAAAGGCAAUGAUGGCAUCAAGUACUUGCAUAACAAGCAUUAGUUGUUGUCCAAAUGGAGAAGAUGCCAGCAGCUGGUGUAUAUAUUCUGUUUCAUCAUAAAAGGGAUGUUGAAAUUGCUUCAUUUCCAGCAGCUUAAGGAAUUGUUCUUCUUGUGGAUUCUAGAGGGAGAUUGGACAGAAUUUCACCUAACUGUCACAUGUUCUGUCGGAAAAUUGACAGCCAUGUGAUGAAAUGAAAUAGUCAUAGACAGAGUCUUCAAAGUUAUUGAGAUGUACUAUCAGAGUUUGGACUUUGAAGAUCUCAGCAACUAGCAAAACUUCAUGAAGGCAGUGCUAAACGUUACGUUCCCAUAUUACGGAGUUGACUUCUGCUUUCUGGGAUAGAAAGUAUGCAGACCUGCAAAUCAAUUGUUGUGCAUUGCAUUCGAGCCUGCCAUUUGGUAUUUGAGAUUAUGCGCCAUGAAAAUUUCGAGUGGUCUAGUACCGGCUUCAGGAAGAGGCUGAAUGCCUUUGCAGCAUUUUCCACAUGCUUCAUCUUAAAUUUGGGAUUGUCAAAGCAACAUAGAGAAUGAUAUUACAUUGUUCAUAGACUUUGUUUUGGUGAAUGAUGGGGAGACCAAUUCCUUUCUCUUUCGAACCAUUAGAAGCCAAUAACAACCACAAUUCCAAUUCCAUGCCAGGCAGGCGUUUUCACACAUAAGGAGUGCUCUACACAUAAACUCGUUUAAGCAGGAUUGAAAACCAACUGCUUACGUGAUUGAAGUCGGAUGUGGAUUUUAACUUCAAGAUUCUUGCUACUUCUUUCAUGUAGUAAUUUACUUCCUAAAAUUCCAUUUCCCUUUCCUGUUUUAAUUGUGAAUUUCUUGUAAACUUUUGACUAAAUCGUCUCCUCCUAAGGUACUUGACAUAGUUCAAGCUUUUAAGAAUAAUCUGAUAUAUUAUCAUUCAUUUCAUCCA